AUGCAAGAUGGAGAAGAAGUCGACUAUGUGAACAUCGUCGACCGUGAUGUGGAUAAUAAACAGGCCGCUGAAAGCACCGAGUGGGAUGGUGGUCGUGGAGGCGGUUGGGGUGGUGGUGGUCGUGGUGGAGGAUGGGGUGGCCGAGGAGGUGGAUGGGGCGGUGGUGGUCGUGGUGGUGGAUGGGGUGGCCAUGGAGGUGGUUGGUAA